AAGGAAACAAGCGUCUCUCAUUGGCCUCCUCACAGUGUUCUGCUGUCUUCUAUUCGCCCUCCUCACUGCCACUCAGCAUAGAAACUGCACGAAGCUCACGGCGUGCGCUGCGGAUACAAGGGCAGCAGGGCUGGGCAGGGUCCGGCCUGACUGCGCAGUGGAUGCUGAGGGAGGAAAAAUAAAGAAACAUUAUCGUUUGUAAUCGUGAUGGGUGUCUUAUCGGAAUACCACUGGCACAAUUUCAUGGAUGCAUGCUUUAUCAUCAAUCCCAGCCUGUCCAUUUUGCGUGACAGCGGUCUAAUGAGGCUAAUAAGAAGCGUGGAGUCGUCUGCAGCAUCUCUAGCGUAGACAAAUUGUUGCACCAAAUGAAACGUUUUCUCAGUUCAGAUUCUUCUGGCCUUGACCGUCAGCAUUCGGAGCAGAUCUCUAAUCACCCUCUCUCAUCUUAAAUUCUGUAGGGAAGCACCAUGUUGACCAGUAUCACUGAAGGGAUACUGUGCUGUCUGACUGGGAAGGCUGCCAGUCUGGUCUUACCCCUGGAGUCAUCUGAACCAUCAAAUGGUUUUGAGUUUGUAGAGGUGAAACCUGGCAGAGUCUUGCGAGUGCGACACAUCAUCCCUGAACGCCAGCCCGUAGUAAGGGAAGAGGAAGUCACGGGCAAGGAGAAGACAGAUGGCCACAGUAAAGAUGAUGACUCUCCUGAGGAUCCAAAUAUCGAGAGUGGUUCAGGCAGCAGUGUCCACUGUAAGAGGAAGAUCACCGUCUACCGGAACGGCCAGCUUGUGAUUGAAAAUCUCGGGGAUGUUUUGCACUCUGAGAUACUGCAGUGUCAGGAUGGGGAUCUGGAGCCCUGCAGCACUGUUGAGGUAGAGUUGGCUGACUACAAAGAAAUGCCUUCUUCUCCAGAUCCCAACCCUGUUCCCCCUCCGGUUCCUCCGCACCACGGGGAACAGAAACCUGCUCCCCCUCCUCGCCGCCGUCGUCGGAAGCCUAAGCGCACAGUGCUGAUCGACUCAAAGAGGGUGAUCUCCAGCUGCAAAGGGACACACUCAGAUGUAGCACUAUUCUUUGUGCAUGGCGUGGGAGGAUCUCUAGACAUUUGGGGCAGUCAACUGGACUUCUUCUCCAGGCUAGGCUACGAGGUCAUUGCCCCCGACCUGGCAGGUCAUGGAGCCAGCACUGCACCACAGAUAGCAGCAGCGUAUACUUUUUACGCUCUUGCUGAGGACCUCCGUGCCAUAUUUAAGAGAUAUGCUCGUAAACGCAACAUUCUCAUUGGCCACUCAUAUGGGGUGUCAUUUUGCACCUUUCUAGCCCAUGAGUAUCCUGAUCUGGUCCAUAAGGUGGUGAUGAUAAAUGGAGGAGGUCCCACAGCUCUAGAGCCCAGUUUGUGCUCCAUCUUCCAGCUGCCAUCAUGUGUCCUGCACUGUCUGUCACCCUGUCUGGCCUGGAGCUUUCUCAAAGCUGGAUUUGCGCGUCAGGGUGCCAAAGAAAAGCAGCUACUGAAGCAGGGCAAUGCCUUUAACGUGUCUCCAUUUGUCCUGCGAGCCAUGAUGAGCGGACAGUACUGGCCUGAGGGGGACGAGGUCUACCAUGCUGAGCUCACGACUCCUAUCCUGCUGGUUCAUGGCAUGUGUGACAAGUUUGUGCCCAUGGAUGAGGACCAGCGUAUGGCAGAGAUACUGCUGUUUGCAUUCCUCAAAGUCAUUGAGGAAGGAAGUCACAUGGUCAUGAUGGAGUGUCCCGACACUGUCAACACUCUCCUCCAUGAAUUCUUUCUAUGGGAGCCCGAUAUGUCCAAAAAAUACAGCCACAAGCCAGACACUGACAAGACUGCUGCUCUCAGUGACACUCUCCACACACUGAAAAUCAAUAAGUCUCUGGACAAAUAACCAACAAAAAGCUAGAUUCAUCACAGAACCCAGCAGAUGGCCUUUUUUGGCAUGUGUUCUAAAGGCUGCUCCUAGGCUGAGAGCUGUUACAAACAGGGCCACGUCUUCAGGAUGCGGAAGGCCACUGGUGCUCAAAGAUAAAGGAGGACUUAGGCAUGGUGCCGACCAGAGAACGAUAGAACAGAUGUAAAGAUGAGGGGACUGGAUGCAAAUAAAAACGAGAGAACUCGCGCUUUUGAUACCAGUCUGUGCCCCAUCUCGUCGUGUUUGACACAAUAUCUGGAGAUCAAAAGGACUGUGUCCAUUUGUGAUUGGUGUAUGAAAUGUUUUCUAGUGAAGAACUGACUACCACAAGAUACAAAACGCUUAGAGUUCUUGAAAUGGUAUGUGAAUUGCCUCACCUUUAUCCUAAAUAUUCUGUAAAGCUCUGCAGAGCUUCUGUUUAAUCUUUGCAAAAUGGUCUUACAUCUGCUUUAUGGGAAACUGGUUGAAUAAUAUGCAUUGAAUUUGGAUUACUGAUCUGAUUUUGGAGUAUAAUGCUAUGGAUGAUAUUUUAUCUAAAAAUAGUGACUGGACAGUAGUGGGGAACGAUAUAAAGACAUCAAAUUUAUAACAAUGUACAUGCUAAAUGUAAUUAAUACUCACACCACAUGCAUCUCUAGAUUACAUUAUGAAAGAAGAGUAAUCACAGAAAUAUCAUACAUUGUUUACCUGCAAUCCAGCCAAAUAUUAACCACACGCAUACAAUGUGCUAAAUACACAUCACUCACAAUCACAGCAACUGUCUAAAAAAAACAGACUAUGUUUUUCAAAUUACAGUAACCUAUUUGCCAUAUAUUGAACUCUAUUAAUUAGUCUGAAGUCCAAAAGCUUUGCGUCUCUGUCAAGCACAAUAUAAUCAAUGCAUUGAUUCAAAGUUGCAUGAAAAUGUAAUAAUCCUCGAUGAGUAAUUUGUUUGAGCUGGUUAGAGAAACAGAUGCAAACGAGCACGGAUGCCUAAAGGUUCUUCUCCUUUAUUCUUGCGUUUUCUUUAUUGCAUAUGAUAUCCUAUGGAUACAAAGUGCUGAAGCCCUGCAUGAGCUCAGAACAUGGAAGGGGUUUCAUCAGACAAAAUAUAUUCUCAUAUUAAAAAGAUUCACAAAGCACUUCUCUCUACUCAAAGUUUUACUUCCACUGAAGUAUUAUUUUGCUUUUAUUCUACAAUAACAGCAACAGCCAUAAAAAAAAUGUGGUUGAUGGACUGCUUUGAGCUGUUGUAUUUAUAAGAUGAUAAAUGCAAAACAAUUGUACAUUCCCCUACUACUUUCCAGUGCAUCCUAUUUAUCUACAGAAGUAAAGAAUAAAAACAUUCAUUCAUGGGUGCUGCUUUGUCUCAUAAUGGGACAGUGAGGUGUGCGUAAAAGCACUGUCUUAUGUGCUCUCUGACAGUUCUUAUCUGUUAGUUGGAUAGUUCAUACUGUUAGGAGAAGAACAUGGUGGAUUGGUAAUAGAAACUGGGUGUCUAAAGCUUCAAAUCAAAUAUACGUCAGCCAAAGCAGGAAUCCUCCCUAGAAAAGGGACAUUUUUACCCACCAUGCUGGUCUGUUAUGUAUGCAUUUUGACAGAAUGCUGAUGCAACAUGACUGGUAUUAUGCAACUGGAACAAAACAGAGAAACAUAGAGUGGAAAGAAGUUGACACCUCAAAAAAAAAAAAAAAAAAAA